AUUAUAGCUAGCCUGUCGAAAUCUAAUGCAAAUAAGUAAAUUUAAAUCUUCAAAAAGUAACCAUCAUACAUUUAUAUUACAGCUAAGAAUUAACUUAUAUUCCUCAAAUUUUAUUUAUUAAAACUUUUUAUGAUAGUUAAAUAAAUUUUGCUUUUCUUCUUUUCUAUUCAUUUAGCUUGUCAACAGUUAUUUCUUAUACCUGUUUUUUUCCAAAAUAUCUUUUUGUUACAUUUUGAUUUAUUUUAUGAUUCUCAAAUCUUACAUUGUUAAUGGUUACGAAACAAUAUGAGAAAUGAAUAUUUUAAAAUAAAUUAAGGCCUACUUAUGAUACCAGAUAUCUAAUCCGAUCAUUAUAGUUGUUUAAUACGAGAAGAGGUUUAUUCUCGCAAUAGUUAGGUACUAAGAUUGAUGAUUAAAUCAUAAAGAAAGGCAUAUUGCAUUUGUUAACAAAGAACCAAAUUUUUAGAAAGUUACACAUGGAUGAUCUUCGCACAUAUACAUAAACCCUAGCUACUUAGGGGCAGACGUGUAAUUUUAAACCACAAGACUUAAACAAUCACCACAGAAAGACACUAUCGGAAAAUUAACCAGAGGAACAUCCUCUAGAAGAAUGCUUGUGAACACAGAAAAGCCUGGAAAACAAGCAAUUCAAUCAUACAAACAAUUCAAUCAUUCUUGUAGAUAAUUAAAUUUAAAUGAAGAGAAAGAAGUUGUAGAGCUCCCUUCAAUCCAAAGAAGAGUAAAAGCAAUUAAAGGGCAAGUUAAAGCUCCUAAGAUAUGCAAGCCAUAUAACCAAAUCCUUUUUUUUCUCUCUAUAAGGAUUAGGGCUUAUGGGAUCCAUAGCUUAGCAGCUUUUCUUUACCCUACUAAACUCUCGUUUGAACUUAAAGGAGCUCUACUUUCAAUCUUCUUUUUUGUUCUCAAGAAAAUUAUUUGGAAGACCAAAGAUCUAUCCAGAUAAACAUGUUUGUCAAAUCAAAAAAUCCACCUAUGUUGUGGAUCUGACCUGAGUAACAACCAUGGAGAUUAAAGAAACACGAACUAAUAAACUAUAAAAGUUUUCUGUUCAAAACAUAAUCUAUAGUCUACGUUAGAGAUAAUAGAAAGAGGCAUAGAAAUUAAGACCACAAAGUAAAGCGGAAGAGUAGAAAAUUAAAGAUCGACAACCUAAUCAAUAAAACCAGCUGAAUAAAAUGAAACAAACUUCGGUAAUAAAGAAAAGCUUUGAAGAAGCUAUCUGAAGAACCUAGUUAACCAGAUCUAGAGAGAAGGAGAGAGCGAAAUAAGAACAAUCAUGUUUUUGGGAGAAGUGAAAUGAUAGAGAGUUGUAGUUAUAGUAGGUUUAGAUAUUCGUUACUGAAGGGGAAAGAAUGAUAAUUAUAGUCGUAAAUAAAAAUGAAAAUAGGAGAAAAUAAACAGGUGUGUGCAUCUGUAAAGGCAUGGGAAUGGUCUGACAUUGUUUAGUGUUAGAUUCCCUACGCGUCACAUGCGUCCUUCUUGGCUUUUGUGUUUUCACCAAACAUUAUUUUGUAAUACUGAUAAUUAUUUUUUUCAACUACUAGCCCACUGUCCACUACAUUUUAAGGUCUAACUUUGAAAAUGUAGGUGGCCUACCAAAUUGUUUAUAUUAUACAAAUGUAUUUUCGAUGUCUAGAAGAAAUAAUUAACCGUAAUAGUGCCAAACUGGAUCACGAAAUAGUUUGAUGUGCGGUCAGGAUUAAGUCAGAUGAUGUGGGCACGAAAAUAUGGAAUUUGUAUUUUUUUUUCUCUUUUUUUUUGUCGUCGACGAUGGAAUUUGUAUUCUCUGAAAGAAAAUCUAUGGUUAUAUUUAUUACAACUAACUUGUCGUAUUUACCCCCACAACAAGUCUGGUCUCUUUCAUAAUUCGGACCGAUGAAGAGAAAUGAUUUACAGACAAAUACGUAACCUCGCAUAAUCCGGAAAUUCCUAUAUUUUUUUCUGGUUCAUGAGAACACUCACAUGUUCAGCACAUAAAAGUAUGUUUUAUAUAUAUAACCUACUAGUGUUACAAAAAAAAAAAUAAACGAAUAUUAUUGAAAUCACAAUAUUCUACUAAUUUAUAGAGUUGUUAAUUUAACAAAAUUUUAGAUCAAAAACUUAAUUUAUGAUUAGCUUUAAAUUAAUUUAUAGAUUAAUUAUUUAUUUAGGUUAUACUCUAGUUUAAAAAAUAUAAGCAUAUAAUGAUUUGAUAGUGCAAACAUUGUCCUAUAUGAUUCUUGGGUCGUUCUAACAAAAGCGAUGCUCGGCCGUAUUGUCAAUCAUCAGUCCAUUAGUAAUGGGUCUUAAAAUAGAGUAAUAUAUGGGCCUUAUUGUAAGAAAGGCCCAUAAAUGAUCAAAUCUCAAAUCGAAAUGAAACGUCGUCGUUAUGUCGACUCUUCAAGCGUUUUAUCUCCUUAGAAAAAGGGCGCAAAUCCUUAUCACAACUUUAGAGCGUCACCUUUCCUUUUUCAUAUACUUUUGAAUAUUUUGUUCCCUCAAAUGUUGAUUUCCUCUCUAAAUCCUCCAACGGCUACUUUUUUUUCUUUCUAAUAUCAAGAGCCGGAGCCUCCAACAUACACACAAACCUUCACAAUUUCAAGAACAACAGAUUAAUUAUCCGAUCAUUGUUUUGUAAAAAAUAUGGUGGAUCAAUACAGUGAGAUGGAUAAGCCAAAGAAAGUUGCUGAUAGGUAUCUGAGGCAAGAAGUUCUUGGCCAAGGCACUUAUGGAGUCGUCUUCAAAGCUACUGAUACUAAGAACGGACAAACUGUAGCGAUCAAGAAGAUAAGACUUGGUAAAGAGAAAGAAGGUGUGAACAUAACAGCUCUAAGAGAAAUCAAAUUACUCAAAGAGCUUAAACAUCCUCAUAUUAUAGAGUUGGUUGAUGCCUUUCCUCACAAAGAGAACUUGCACCUUGUGUUUGAGUUCAUGGAGACUGACCUAGAAGCAGUUAUCCGAGAUCCUAAUCUCUUUCUCUCCCCAGCUGACGUCAAAUCUUACCUCCAAAUGACACUGAAAGGUCUUGAGUAUUGCCAUGACAAAUGUGUUUUGCACAGAGAUAUGAAGCCGAACAACUUGUUGAUAGGACCCAAUGGACAACUAAAACUCGCAGACUUUGGUUUAGCACGUAUAUUUGGUAGUCCAGGUCGUAAGUUUACACACCAGGUCUUUACUAGAUGGUAUAGAGCACCUGAGCUUCUGUUUGGUUCCAAACACUAUGGUUCUGCUGUUGAUGUUUGGGCUGUUGGCUGUAUCUUCGCUGAACUUCUAUUACGCAAACCUUUUCUUCAGGGGAAAAGUGAUAUUGAUCAGUUAAGUAAAAUCUUUGCUGCCUUUGGGACUCCUAAAGAAGAUCAGUGGCCAGAUAUGUUGUCUCUUCCUGAUUAUGUAGAGUAUCAGUUUGUCCCUGGGGCGUCUCUACUUUCUUCAUUCCCAAUGGUUAGUGAUGAUGGUCUAGAUUUGUUGUCAAAGAUGUUCACUUAUGAUCCCAAGUCUAGAAUAUCGAUUCACCAGGCUUUGCAACACAGGUACUUCACAUCUGCACCUUCUCCUACUGACCCUUUAAAGCUACCAAGACCAGUUCACAAGAAGGAAGCUAAAUCAUCUGAGAGUAAACUCAAAACUAUUACGGUGUUGUCACCAGCACAUAAGCUUAGAAGAGUGAUGCCUGACCGAGGAAAGAGUACGGAUGUCAUGAAACAAGCUAGCCAUGAUGGACAAGCACCUAUGUCUUUAGAUUUCACUAUACUAGCCGAGCGGCCACCAAAUCGACUAACCAUUACCAGUGCGGAUAGAUCUAAUCUGAAGAGGAAACUCGAUCUUGAGUUCACGUAGGAUAUAUAACGUAACAUAUGCUUCUUUCUUAUUCAUGUCAUAUUACUACUAGUGAUGAUGAACAUGGAGAAUCAUUCUUUCUGUUUACUAUAAACACACAAAGCAGAGAAACAUUAAUUGACAGAUGAUGAUGAUUAACUAAUCAUCAUGUACACCCAUCAUUAAUAAAAACUAUAUGCUUUUUAGCCUCUG